AUGUUGUACCUGGAAGCUGAACAGAUAAGUCGUCAUCAGGAUAAGAGGAGGAGGCUCGAAGAGACCCUCAUGGACUCCACCACGGCCACGGCGGAGCUGGGCUGGACGGUCUACCCUGUGUCGGGGUCGAGUGACAACAGCUGGGAGGAGGUGAGCGGUUAUGACGAAAACAUGAACACCAUCAGGACCUACCAAGUCUGCAACGUGUUUGACAGCAAUCAGAACAACUGGGUACGGACGAAAUACAUCCGACGUCGCGGGGCGCAGCGGAUCCACGUGGAGAUGAAAUUCUCCGUGAGAGACUGCAGCAGCAUCCCCAACGUUCCCGGAUCCUGCAAAGAGACUUUUAACCUGUAUUACUACGAGUCCGAUUCAGACACGGCCACCAGAAACUCUCCCGCUUGGAUGGAGAACCCUUGGAUCAAGGUUGACACCAUUGCAGCGGACGAGAGCUUCUCCCAGGUGGACCUGGGGGGCAGAGUGAUGAAGAUAAACACGGAGGUCCGAAGCUUUGGGCCUGUGUCCCGGAACGGCUUCUACUUGGCCUUUCAGGACUACGGUGGCUGCAUGUCCCUCAUCGCUGUCCGGGUCUUCUACAGGAAGUGUCCUCGAAUCAUCACCAAUGGGGCGUUGUUCCACGAGACACUGUCAGGUGCAGAGAGCACCUCGCUGGUGGCUGCAAGGGGUGUUUGUAUCCCGAAUGCAGAGGAAGUGGAUGUGCCCAUUAAGCUGUACUGCAAUGGAGAUGGGGAGUGGAUGGUGCCAAUCGGGCGGUGUAUGUGCAAAGCCGGGCACGAGGCUGUGGAAAAUGGAACGGUUUGCCGAGGGUCUCGACUGUGGGAGCGUGGCAUGUUAUUGAGCAGUGAAAGUUCGGACGGAGACAAUCUGCCAGAGCGAUAA